ACGCUGAGAGAGUAAAAAAAGGAAAAAAAUAAAAAACUCCAAAUCUGAUAGAAACCGAAAGCAAGAACAGGACAUAUAUAUAAACUGUACAGCCUCACUAUAGCAUGAAGUUACCUCAUCUCGCUCAGAGUUCACUGUUCACUCCCGCUCCUCCAAGGUAAGCUUGAAAAUAAUACAUUUUUACACAAGUUUGAGGGUUUGAGUAUUUUUAAGUGUGUUAUCCUGGGACAUGUAUAUCUUUAUCUACUUAUAUCAAUUCAUAUUUUAAUUAUUUUCUGUAUCACCAUGUGAGCAUAAAAAACAACAACACAGCAGGCAACUGUAGUGACGGCGUGUUUAUGGCAGUGCAUAGAAAUGGAACAAUUUGUGGGAAACAUUUUGUUUGUAUGUCUUGGACACGCUUAAGUCCACGUCAAACUUCAAGUAAAGGCUUGUCAAACAGCAGCAAUGCUCCUGUAUGCUUGACAACAUUUAGUAUUCAUAAUAAAUUCAGUUACCAUAACCUUUCUGUUGUUUAUUUGUAUAGAACUGAGUGAGCUCUGGUUGUCAACAUCAUUAGAGAUCACUGUCAUGGUUUCAGUGAAUGAGAAAGACGUUGACUAAUCAAGAAGACUGUGUUGCACCAACGACACAAGAUGCAACUCAAUAAAAUGUCCGAAAUGAAAUGGAGCAUUUGCUUCUACAGAUUAAUCUUCUCAAUCUUCCUUUAAAGAACAUAGGUCAGUAGUGAUGUUGUGUGGUUGGAUAAUAUGCUGAAAAAAUGCUUCCUUCCCCACUGAAACCAUUUAGAGGAAUCAAAAAACGUCUUUUUCCAUACAUGUGCAACCAAAUCAACUGUUACUGUGUCACUGAAUUACAGAAGACAGAAAGCUUGUUUUGGGAUGUCGUUUUGGGGUUGGACGGCGGGGGUGGCUUUUCUUUCAGAAAUAUUAAUGGACUUCCUUUUGGAUACUAAAUAUGGUUAGUACAGUUAAGUUCCCAUAAAGAGACACUCAGCCUCGGAAUGCCCAAUGUGUGCUGGAAGUGAUACUGUAGUGUCAGUCAGAAGAGUCGCAGAAGUGACAGAUCUGAGUGGGUUUAUACCUGAAGAGCAGCUGAGCAAAUCAUUUUGAUUCAAACGGCCCAUAACUCUGGUCAUGUCUCUGUUUCAGAUGACUGUUUGGUUGCAGACUCUCGUCCUCCUUUGCUGUAUACUGAACUGUGUGGAGUCCUCUGCUCCAUCUCCAGACCGCCAGAGGAAUAAAUAUAAUUAUUCCUUUCUUCUCACGAAGUCCACCCGAACUCGUGUCCAGCAGCUGCAGAAGAUAUAUAAGGAGCAGCAGUUGGGAAAUCAGCAUUUUGAGGACAGAAGCAGGCAAUUGAAGGACCUGCCAUCACUUUCUACAAAUUUCAACAGCUGGCUAAAACUGACGGACUGGGAACGACUGCAUGCUGCCCUAAGGGACAUGCAGACCUACUGGAAUAUGCUGGAGUGGAAGAGAAAACAGCUGGAGGAAGAGCAGAUGGCGGGAGUGGGGGAUUUACCUCAGAGCAUCAAGCACAUUCAGCUGGACCUGAGGGAUCUGAUGAGCCAAGCAAGCAAUCAGAUGAGUUACAUGCAGAGCUCUAGGAUGAGGCCAACCUCUCCUCCAGUACGGGCACCCUUGAACCCAGAAUCCAGGUCUAAGACGGUGUGGGACAGCCGAGUUGAGGGUUACAUCAUUCUGAGGGAUCUAGACCUUUACCUCACCAAACUGGCAAGAGACUUUCUUCUACUGGCUGCAAAAACACCCAUGACUCAGCACUGAAAGAGCACUGGGACCUUGACAACACACACAUGCACACUGCUAAAAGAAGCAAAGGCUGAACUGACAAUCAGCACCUAACAGAAAAUUGGAAUACAAGUGAUAACUUUAAUAAGUGCUGCAGUGGUGUUGUCAACACUUUACACAGAGCUACCAUUUAAGCUUUUUUAUAUGAUGUUUUAGUGCAUAUUUAUGGGUUUUCUUGGGUAUUUCCCAGAGUUUCUGUCUAAGCUCUAACUGUAAGUUAGCAAUAAGCUGCCAGAGCAGAGAGAACUCUUUCCAACAUCCUGUUUUUCCCCCAAGCCCUCAAUCUACUGGACUUUCCAAAGAUAUAUUUACUAUUUAUUAAUAUAUUUAUUAACAUGUUAUUUAUUUCAAAGUGGUUUGUUUUAUUUCUCUUAAAAUAAAGAGGUAAAGUGUUUUACAUUAGAAGACAUUUUUAUAUUUGAUGUGUUUAAAUAUAUUUGUGUAUGAUUAUUUAUGACAAUAAAAAGAUGAAGCAUUUGGAACA